AACCCCUUCCACAUGCGACUGGUAUAAAAGCAGCUUCGAUGGGAGCUCCGCUCAAUACAGCUCAAUACAUCGAGAGUAAAGUUAGUGGUAUCACGAGUAUUCUCAGCGAAUCGUCUUACGUGAACUACAGACAGCUAUCGAACAAAAGAGCACCAUGCAGAUUUUUGUAAAGACGUUGACCGGAAAGACCAUAACCCUCGAGGUCGAGGCUUCCGACACUAUUGAGAACGUAAAGGCAAAGAUUCAGGACAAGGAAGGCAUCCCACCUGACCAGCAACGUUUGAUCUUCGCUGGAAAGCAGCUUGAAGACGGACGCACCUUGUCUGACUACAAUAUCCAGAAGGAAUCAACCCUUCACUUGGUUCUCAGAUUGCGCGGCGGAAUGCAGAUCUUCGUUAAAACCUUGACGGGAAAGACAAUUACUUUGGAGGUAGAAGCUUCGGACACGAUCGAGAACGUCAAAGCGAAAAUUCAGGACAAAGAAGGCAUCCCUCCGGAUCAACAAAGAUUGAUCUUUGCUGGAAAGCAACUUGAAGACGGCCGUACUCUCUCAGAUUAUAAUAUUCAGAAGGAAUCGACCUUGCACUUGGUUCUCCGUUUGCGAGGUGGUAUGCAGAUUUUUGUCAAAACUUUGACGGGAAAGACCAUCACAUUGGAAGUUGAGGCGUCAGACACGAUCGAGAAUGUCAAAGCCAAAAUUCAGGAUAAGGAAGGAAUCCCUCCAGAUCAGCAGAGGUUGAUCUUCGCCGGAAAACAGCUCGAAGAUGGCCGAACUCUAUCUGAUUACAACAUUCAGAAAGAAUCAACAUUGCAUUUGGUUCUCCGUUUACGUGGUGGUAUGCAGAUUUUCGUCAAAACUUUGACAGGAAAGACGAUCACAUUGGAAGUUGAGGCGUCAGACACGAUCGAGAAUGUCAAAGCCAAAAUUCAGGACAAGGAAGGAAUUCCUCCAGAUCAGCAGAGAUUGAUCUUUGCUGGAAAACAACUCGAAGACGGUCGUACACUGUCUGAUUAUAACAUUCAAAAAGAAUCUACAUUGCAUUUGGUUUUGAGACUUCGCGGUGGUAUGCAGAUUUUCGUCAAAACUCUCACUGGCAAAACUAUCACAUUGGAAGUCGAGGCUUCAGACACAAUCGAGAACGUGAAGGCGAAAAUUCAAGACAAAGAGGGUAUUCCUCCCGAUCAGCAGAGAUUGAUCUUUGCCGGAAAACAACUUGAAGAUGGUCGCACAUUAUCUGAUUAUAACAUUCAGAAAGAAUCCACAUUGCAUUUGGUUUUGAGACUUCGCGGUGGUAUGCAAAUUUUCGUCAAAACUUUAACAGGAAAGACCAUCACAUUGGAGGUCGAGGCUUCAGACACAAUCGAGAACGUGAAGGCGAAAAUUCAAGACAAAGAAGGUAUUCCUCCCGAUCAACAGAGAUUGAUCUUUGCCGGAAAACAACUUGAAGAUGGUCGCACAUUAUCUGAUUAUAACAUUCAGAAAGAAUCCACAUUGCAUUUGGUUUUGAGACUUCGCGGUGGUAUGCAGAUUUUCGUCAAAACUCUCACUGGCAAAACUAUCACAUUGGAGGUCGAGGCUUCAGACACAAUCGAGAACGUGAAGGCGAAAAUUCAAGACAAAGAGGGUAUUCCUCCCGAUCAGCAGAGAUUGAUCUUUGCCGGAAAACAACUCGAAGACGGACGCACAUUGUCUGAUUACAAUAUUCAGAAGGAAUCUACGUUACAUUUAGUUUUGAGACUUCGCGGUGGUAUGCAGAUUUUCGUCAAAACUUUAACAGGAAAGACCAUCACAUUGGAGGUCGAGGCUUCAGACACAAUCGAGAACGUGAAGGCGAAAAUUCAAGACAAAGAAGGUAUUCCUCCCGAUCAACAGAGAUUGAUCUUUGCCGGAAAACAGCUCGAAGACGGACGCACAUUGUCUGAUUACAAUAUUCAAAAAGAAUCCACAUUGCAUUUGGUUUUGAGACUUCGCGGUGGUAUGCAGAUUUUUGUCAAAACACUUACUGGUAAAACGAUCACUCUGGAAGUCGAAGCAUCAGACACGAUCGAGAAUGUUAAAGCUAAAAUUCAGGACAAAGAAGGAAUCCCUCCGGAUCAGCAGAGGUUGAUCUUUGCUGGAAAGCAACUUGAAGACGGCCGUACUCUCUCAGAUUAUAAUAUUCAGAAGGAAUCGACCUUGCACUUGGUUCUCCGUUUGCGAGGUGGUAUGCAGAUUUUUGUCAAAACUUUGACGGGAAAGACCAUCACAUUGGAAGUUGAGGCGUCAGACACGAUCGAGAAUGUCAAAGCCAAAAUUCAGGACAAGGAAGGAAUUCCUCCAGAUCAACAGAGAUUGAUCUUUGCUGGAAAACAACUCGAAGACGGUCGCACACUGUCUGAUUAUAACAUUCAAAAGGAAUCCACUCUGCAUUUGGUUUUGAGGCUUCGUGGCGGUAUGCAGAUAUUUGUCAAGACUCUCACUGGGAAAACUAUCACACUGGAGGUCGAGGCUUCGGACACGAUCGAGAAUGUAAAAGCAAAAAUUCAAGACAAAGAGGGCAUUCCUCCCGAUCAACAAAGACUGAUUUUCGCUGGCAAGCAACUCGAGGACGGACGAACUUUGUCCGACUACAAUAUCCAGAAAGAAUCUACACUUCACCUUGUACUUCGACUUAGAGGCGGAAAUGUCUAAAUUCCAAACCUUUUGUGAUCACAUCGCGUUGUAUAUUAAACUGUUUAAUUUUAUUGUAAUUCUAUUAUGUGAGUUUUUAAUUUUAUUAACUUACACAUUUGAGAAUACAGAAAAAUUUUGCGUAAAAUAUUUUGACGAAUAAAAAAAAUUGAUUUUGCAUAUUA